CAGGCCUCAGAGGGGCGGAGGCAGGUCUCGGGUAUGUAAACGCUGGCCUCGUGUAGGCGAGGCUGGGCCCAGUUCGCUGCUGGACAGAGCUUUGGUUGUCCCGGCUCUUCCACCUCUGGGGAGGCUCCUACCAUCGAGGACAGGAGAAACCCGACGCCUUCCCCCCUAACUUCUCCACCUCCUGACCUACCCCGCCGCCCCCCGCCCCGCCCCCGCAAUGUCCACCAAAGAAACUCGCAGCAACUGCGCCUCCCGCACCUCCAGUGCUGCCUCUCGCGGUCAGGCCCCUGACAAGAAAACGCCCACAGCGCCCCCUCGGGCGGCGGGCGGCAGUGCAAGGGGGCGGGGAGGCGGCGGCGGCCGCAGCCGCGGAGGCUCCCGGCCCUCGGGAUCCCUGGAGUACCGGGCCCGGGGCUCCUGCUACAGGGAAGCGCCGCUCUGUUUUAAACUCGACAGCUCCGUCGUAGGGGCGGUCAUAGGUCGGGGUGGAGCAAAAAUAAAAGAAAUUCAAGACUCAACGGGUUCUAAAAUUCAGAUAAUAAAAGGGACUCUCGAGUCAGAAACCAGAAUAUAUGGCAACAAGGAGAACCAGAAAUCAGCUAAGUUAAUGAUAGAAGAAAUAGUAAAAAAAACAGAAAAGUAUUCCAAAGAGGACAGCAAAACUGGAAACACUUUGAAAUCAUCCUGUAAUGAAAAUGGCCCAGAGAAAAAAGUGCCAGUGAUUGAUUGGGAGGCUAUUAAACAGGACCACCUCCACUAUAUUAAAACAAAGUGGGACGGUCUUCCUCCAAUUAAGAAAGAUUUCUACAUAGAAUCUUCAAAGACAAAAUUAAUGUCACAAACACAAGUAGAUAAGUGGAGGGAAGAAAACAAUAAUAUAAUGUGUGAUGACUUAAGAGAAAAUGAAAAACGUGUAAUUCCCAAUCCAGUAUGUGCAUUUGAAGAUGCAUUUGAUCAUUAUCCUGAUGUUAUGGCUAAUAUAAAGAAAGUAGGUUUCACAAGACCUACACCUAUACAGUCACAAGCAUGGCCAAUAAUAUUAAAAGGAAUUGAUCUAAUUGGCAUUGCCCAAACUGGCACAGGAAAGACCUUGGCCUAUUUAAUGCCAGGAUUUAUUCAUCUUGACCUGCAACCAGAAACCAGGGAGAAAAGGGAUGGUCCCGGAAUGCUUGUGCUGACACCAACCAGAGAACUGGCUCUACAAGUCGAGAGUGAAUGUAAAAAAUAUACCUAUAAAGGGAUUAAAAGCAUUUGUAUAUAUGGUGGUGGAGACAGAAGAGGUCAGAUUGAACAUGUUACUAAGGGUGUAGAUAUUGUUAUUGCUACCCCUGGUAGACUCAAUGAUCUUCAAAUGAAUGAAUUCAUCAACCUGAAUAGCAUCACGUAUUUGGUUCUAGAUGAGGCUGAUAAAAUGUUAGAUAUGGGAUUUGAACCUCAAAUAAUGAAGAUUUUAUUAGAUGUACGGCCAGAUAGACAAACUAUUAUGACCAGUGCUACUUGGCCUGAUGCUGUACGUCGCCUUUCACAAAAAUAUUUGAACGAUCCAAUGAUUGUUUAUGUUGGAACCCUGGAUCUUGCCGCUGUGAAUACCGUAAAACAGAAAAUAAUCAUAACCACAGAACAAGAGAAGCCUUCUCUUAUAUAUUCCUUCAUUGAGUCAAUGAAGCCUGAAGAUAAAGCAAUUAUUUUUGUAGGGAGAAAACUUACUGCUGAUGACAUAUCCAGUGACCUGAGCAUUAAGGGUUUGCCCGUACAGUCAUUACAUGGUAAUCGAGAACAAAGUGAUCGUGAACGAGCACUGAACGAGUUUAAAACAGGAAUAGUAAGAAUAUUGAUAGCUACAGAUCUGGCAUCGCGAGGUCUUGAUGUCUUAGACAUCACCCAUGUUUUUAACUUCGAUUUUCCUCGGAACCUUGAGGAGUAUGUCCAUAGAGUAGGACGUACUGGAAGAGCUGGGCAUACAGGGGAAUCAAUUACCCUACUUACUAGGAACGACUGGAAAAUAGCUGGUGAAUUAAUCAGUAUUUUGGAGAGAGCCAACCAGGAAAUUCCAGAUGAGCUUAAAUUAAUGGCUGAACGAUAUAAACAACACAAACAGAAAAAAGAUGAAGAGAGAAACUUGGCAAGAACUUGUGGAAGGACAAGAAACAUUUAUUGAUCCUGGAAGCAUGUACAGUCCAGGGAACAACUUACUUUUGGGGUUGUUGCCUUUCAACUUAGCAAAAGCUGAACAAUUAGCAUCGGAAGAAAGACGAUUCUGGGGUUUGGAGUUUGGUUUUUUUGGUUUCUUUACUUUUUUAAAAAAAUAUUGUCAGGAAACAAGAGUACUACAAAUUUCUGAUUGAACAUUGAAAGUUCAGAUCUGAAUGGAAGUAGAGAAAAUCUGACUUGCAUAUGAAGGGACAGUUCAGUGGUCAAUAUAUGUUUAAAAAGAUCAUCUUGGAACAUCUUAGAACAUUUUUGUACUUUGUUUAAUAAAAUCAAAAGCAUUUUUAAAAUGUUUGGGCUCUUUGAAAUCUUUCCUUCUCCUGAUUCCUUUCUCCUUGUCCUCCCUCCAAAAUAACAAAACUAUCUUGCAUAAUUAGAAUACAUAUGCUAAAAACAUUAGAACUUUGCCUUCCUUCUCAUGAUGCAUCUUUAUUUCUGUUAGCCUGUUCCAGCGUGGCUGGAUCUGUGGCUUUUGUUUUUACCAAAGGGCCUUCCCAGGGCUUUAGAAGUAGUUUCUAGAUUAGGUCUACCUCAAGUGACCACCUCUUCCUUUGUCUAGACUUCCCUAGGCUGUACUUUUGCUCCUGCAGGGAAUCAUGCCUCCUGGGCCUCACAGGACACCUUAUCACUUGCCACAAGGUGUUAGACCCUUAACAAUCUUAAUGACCUUCCUCCCUCAAUAGACUUCUCUGCAGCCACUGAUAAUAUUCCUGAACUCAUUUCCCAAUGGUUAGUGUACUCCCGUCCCAUCAUACUGUUCCCCAUCCUAGUGAUUCUGAACUUGAAGUUUUCAUGAUACAAAUCCCAUUCUUCAUCCUUUGCUGUCCCCUCAAGCCUAACCACCUUAUACCAUGACCCACUCCAAAUCUACCCACACCUUCCACUGUGCUCUCUAGAAUUAGAAUUCCAUAAUUAACAAACUUGAUUUCGUCUUAAACAUUUUCCUUUCUCACUCAUUCCAUUUUCUUGCACUCAGAACUGCUCAUUCCUGAUUUGUUGUAUCCUUGGCCAUCCUUUUCAGUACCCAUUGUGCUUUUAUUCUGCACACACACACAUACUGGUUGUGGAGAGAGAGUCAGAAUAAUCCAUGCUCCUUUUUGCUACUUUGGGACUUUCGCUUACUCAGUAAACUUUCCUCUGAGGUUCAGAUCAUUCCAUAUUUAUCCCCAAUCAAGACUGUGGUAGCCAUUAUCUACGGACAUUCAAUACAUUUAGGCACUUAUCUUCUUUCCUCAAUGGGCUCACAGUCUUCUUUAUUGCCCUCAUACUGGGGGACUUCAACAUACAUAUUGUUAUUCCCUUGAACACUCUCAAUUUCCUGGUUCCUUAAUUUGCCUAUUUCCCAUCACCGACCUCACCUAUACACAAAGAUGAUCAUACCCUUGAUUUAGCCACAAAUGUCCCACUUGCAUGUUUGUGAACUCUCAAAUUCCUUUAUCUGGUCAUAAUCUUUUACCAUUCCAUCUUCACCUAUGUCUUAGAUCCCUAACCCUAAUCUUCCCUCUUAAUAUGACCUCCAAUCUCUCCACCCCUUGGUUCUUUUCUAGGCCAUCACCCCUGCACUGGCUUCACUCUUUCCCCCCACCUUGACCACUUGGUAAACCAGUUCAAUUCUACACUGUCCUCUAUCCAGGAGUCCCUCGGCCCCUAUGUCAUCAAUUAUGCCUUGCAAGGCCCUAACUUUGGAUUACUCCCAUCUGCUGCCUUCUCUCCUAUUCAUAUGCUGCUGAACAGAGCUAGAGAAAGUCAUAAAAACCAUAUUGAUUAGGUCCAAAUUUGUCUAAUCUGAACUGAGCCAUCACUGAAUAAAGGCAAAUAUUCUAUUCCUCUCUAAUCAAUUCAUUAUCUCCACAGCACCUGUUCCAAACAUUGUCUCUCUUUCAACCUUACCUUCUGCCCCUCAACCCCCUUAGCUAAAAAUCUUGCUUCAAACUUCACUGAAAAAAUUUAGGUCAUUGGCUGUACAAGUGUCAUCACCCUCUUCUCCUUGAUACUCUUUUCUGUAGUUUUUAAUACCACUGCUCUCUCCUGGUUCUCCUACCCAUAUGAUCACUCCUCAGUCUCCUUUCCUGGAUCUUCAUCUAGAACACACCUACUAAUUAUGGAUGAUCCCAGGGCUCUAUCCUAAGACUUCUCUUCUCCCUCCAUAGUAAUUCACUUGGUGAUCUUAGUUUGAUUUAAUUAUCAUGUCUAUGCUGAUGAUUCCCAGAUCUAUUUAUCUACCCCAUCCUCUCUCCUGACCUCCAGUCUCCUAUCUCCAGCUACCUCUUGGACAUUUCAGACUAUAUGUCCUGUAGAAAUCUUAAGCUCAACGUGCCCAAAACUGAACAUAUCUUACUCCCCCCAACCCUCCCCUCUUCCUAACUUCCUUAUUACUGUAGGAUACCACCAUUCUCUCAGUCACACAGGAUUAUACUCCCAGUGUCAUCCUCAACUCUCCACUUCCUCUCACCAUUCAUAUUCAAUCUAUUGCCAAGUCCUGUUGAUUCCCCUUUUGCAACAUUUCUCCUAUAUAUCCCCUUCUCUCCUCUGACACAACAGCAACCUUGGUGCAGGCCUUCACAUCACAUCUAGACGUUGCAAUAUCCUUCCGGUGGGUCUCCGUGCCUCAUCUCUCCCUACUCCAUUCCAUCCUCCCCUCACCUACCAAAUGAUUAUCCUGAAGCACAGGUCUGACGGUAUUAUCCCUCCCCUCAUAGUCAGUAAAAUCCAGUGGCUCCCUGUUAUCUCCUGAACAAAAUAUAAAAGCCUCUGCAUGCCUUUUAAAGCCCUUCACAACUUGGUCCCUUCCUACCUUUCCAGUCUUCUUACACUUGACUCCUCUCCAUAUAUUCAGAUUCAGUGACAAUAGCCUCAUUAUCACUCAAUUACAAACCUUUGAUCUCCUGACUGUCUUUUCAUUGGCUCUCCCUCAUACCUGGAAUGCCCUCCUAACCUCAUUUUCAUCUUCUGCCUUUUCUAGCUUCUUUCAAGCCUUUCUCAUU